AAAUCCUCCUUUUUGACUUGUGUAGAUAAUUGUUUUAACAUGUUUGUAUGUAUAUACUUGGAGUGUGAUACUCUACCAGAAGCCCGGUAGUGGUGAGUUGCAGGAACUGGUUAGAGGACCUGGAGGGGACUUGUCCCUCCCCGGAGGGGGCUGGGCUGGUCUGUGCGUCACUGAGCAGCUCCGCCCUCUCGCCCGUGGCGCCAUCUUCCCCGGCUACAGGAGGGGUCACAGGUCAGUGCUGGAGUGUCCCUGCCCGCGGAGGAAGAGGGAAGGGUGAUCGGUCCUACCCAGGACCUGUCGUGGCCUUCACGUCCUGAAGGUGCCCUUUCCUUGAGACAGCCCAGGAGUCUCCAAGAAGACAAUGGAUUCUGGAACUCGCCCAGUUGGUAGCUGCUGUAGCAGCUCUGCAGGGCUCUCAAGGGAAUACAAAUUAGUGAUGCUGGGUGCUGGUGGUGUAGGGAAGAGUGCCAUGACCAUGCAGUUCAUCAGCCACCGAUUCCCAGAAGAUCAUGACCCCACCAUCGAAGAUGCUUAUAAAAUUCGGAUCCGUAUUGAUGAUGAGCCUGCCAAUCUGGACAUUUUGGAUACGGCUGGACAGGCAGAGUUUACAGCCAUGCGAGAUCAGUAUAUGAGGGCAGGAGAAGGGUUUAUCAUCUGCUACUCUAUCACCGAUCGUCGAAGUUUUCAUGAAGUUCGGGAGUUUAAACAGCUUAUUUAUCGAGUUCGACGGACUGAUGAUACACCUGUGGUUCUUGUAGGAAACAAGUCUGAUCUAAAGCAGCUAAGACAGGUCACCAAGGAAGAAGGAUUGGCUUUGUCCCGAGAAUUCAGCUGUCCCUUUUUUGAGACAUCUGCUGCAUACCGCUACUACAUUGAUGACGUAUUCCAUGCCCUUGUCCGGGAGAUACGUAGGAAAGAAAAGGAGGCAGUACUGGCCAUGGAGAAAAAGUCUAAACCCAAAAACAGUGUAUGGAAGAGGCUAAAAUCACCAUUCCGGAAGAAGAAAGAUUCAGUAACUUGAAGUUAUGAAGUGUUUAUGUAUGAACUGCAGUGCUUAAUCAAAGCUGUCCAGUAACCUGCAUUAGUGAGCACGGUGCUUGCUCUUUCUCCUGUUAUGACCGUUGUUUUAAAAGUAACUGAUGGAGGGGACAUGCCUACUACGAGUUUUCAAUGAUGUGGUAUUUAAUAUGUUGUCUCUUAGCUAAUUCUGAUCUGUUAACCCAGUGGAGCACUGUCUGCUUUUAAAUUGUCACAUUAGAAUUUGAUCUACCAUAGUUUUGGGUUCUGUUGCUCAUAUUAAUUAAUUGAUGUAAAGUGUUUAUACCCAGGGGAAUAUGUAUACCAUUUGUGUUUGACUAACCUCAUAAGAGGACUUUUUUUUGCCAUGCACUACUCCACGUUAUCUUUGAACUUCAGUUUCCUGGGACUGUCCUAGUGAAGGACCUCAGUCUUUUCUAUUCACACUGUGCUUCCUGGAGACAGAACAAAAAUCGUAUAGGGAAACCAGUGCUAAAGAUAUCAGUGAAGUUCAGCCAGUAGUUGUGGGACUGACUCCGUUGCAGAUUAGGGAGUGAUGAUAUUUGGAGAAAUCAGGCCAUGUUUACAGGAACUUGGCUAGAAAAAGGGUAGGGUCAGAACAUUGUUCCCAGUAUGCACCUGGCUUUUCUAAGAAAUGUAUUGGGAUGGAUGAGAACAAACAGAAGCAUAUAAAAUGUAAUGAAGGGUUCUCCUAUAAGAUUCUUUUACUCUUUCUUACAGGGUUCAGACUUUACGUUCAAAGGGGUGAACACUUUGGGAACCAUUACUGAAUUACUAAACUUGUUUAAUCUAAAUCCUUAGUUGGGGCAGCCAUUGCCUUGUAGAGCUUUAUUUUUCCCCCAGAGAUGCACUUACCAAUACAUUUACAUUAACUGUUUGCUAGUACUUUCCCUUAGCUUCCCUAUGCUCUUUGGAAAAGUUGGGCCUGGCAAAUGUUUUUAGGCCCCUUGUCAGACUGACUGCACUUUCCAUACAGAAGAGACAUCAGGAGUUUGAGUAAAGUUGUAUGUGUGCCUCCUUGACAUUGACAAUCACUAGACUUAGUGCUCCAAGAAAGCCUGUGGUAUUUCUGUAUAAUGAGCCAGUCUUGAAGCUUUAAAAUUUCCAUAGGUUGAGUUUCUUAUUAAAGAUUUCUUUAUAAGGACUUUGCUAAGUUCACCUCAGGAUGUCUGAGCCUUGACAAAGUUUAGCUUAAGAGAAUACCACUUUGAUAAUCUAUUGUCCUGGGAAGAAACAGCUUUUGGUAUUGGUGGAAUUAUCUUUUAGAAUCAGGAUGAUGAUGAUUUUUUUUUUUUUUUGGUACAUGCCCCUAGCGAGAACUGAACCCGGGACUCUCUGGUCCGCAGGCCAACGCCCCAGCUGCUGAGCCAAACAGGCCAGGGCAGGAUUAUUUUGAUACUGGAUUGGUUAUGUGUGGAGAUUAAGUGCAAAACUAAUGUAGCAUAUAUUGAACAUUACAUAUAACUGAAGCAGUGUUCUUGUCCACUUCAAACUCUUAAGAACAGGGCUUUAUGUAGUGCCUCUUGAAAAGCACACAGCUCAGCUUACUAUGUCCUUUUUUAUUACAGGCAGAAAGACAGGGUUAUAUUUUUCCUUAUAAUCAAUGCUGUGUGUUCCAAGUUUAAAGAAAUAUGAUGGUUAUAACUUUUUUAGCUGACUAGUGGUUCCUUUUGCAACUCUUGGAAAUGUUUUUGCUACCAAGUAAGUCAUGUUUUAUGGUACUCAAGCCAUUCAGAAGUAAAAGACAGAAUUUGAAUUUUCCAGGACAGUUUUAUAGGAACCAUAGCAUGGUUCAUGGAGAAGCAUGAAGGUAGAAAAUAAAUAAAUACAGUGCAAUUCUGUUUUAACAGUAUUUCACCACACUUUAAUGCCUUAAGCUCUCAUUACUAAUGACCUAGGAAACUGUUUUUUAGCAUCAACCAAGAAGUUGACAGCUAUAUAAUUAUUUGGGAUAGACAGUGUAGCAGAGAACACUGCCAGAAAGAAAGAUCUGUAAGACAGGAGGGAAUUUAGUUGUAUGUAAGAAAAAUAACAAUGUUUUUAAGACUCAUUGUCAGGGCUUUCCCUCUCAGGAGCACGCCCACACCUUUCUUACCUCUCAGGCGUGCAUCUCCUAAACUCUAAGGGUCCCUGAGACUUGCUAAUCCCCAAACCUGUCUCCAAGGCCCCCUUUUCUCUGACUUUUUGUUAAGCCAACAGCAGCUCCUCCUUGGCUCACUUCUGUCACUGUGACUUCUACUUCCCAGUGAGCCAACAACAGCCCUGCCUUGGCUUAACUUCUUUCCUGUAUUAUCUCUAGAGAGACAAAGCAGCCCCACCUAGGCUUCUCCUGUUGCUUCUUCUACCCUAAGCCCUUCCUCAAUUCACUGUCCCCAGCUUUACUAAACAUACUCUCAAAAAGAAAAGACUAUCACUGUCAUGUAUUUGAUUGUUGGAUUAAUUAGCCCAUCAGUUAGUAUUGAGAAUUCUCUUCAUGGUGCUCAAUAGUUUGAGGGAUAUCAUAUGUAUAUGUCAUAUCUCUCAUCCGUGAUCCUAUAGUGUAUGUAAUUUAUAAGCUCUAAGUAGUCAGCUUUAUCCAAUUUAGAGGCAUUAAAAUCAAUUACUGCCUGGAACUUUGAAGAGAAGAAAAUUCAGGGACAAGUUGCAAAGCACUGGAACUAUUCAUGUCCAUACCAGAUUGGUAAAUUACAAAACUUAGAAGUUAGUGUCUAGAAUUAGCUAUUUAGAAUCUAGAAAGGGAUAUAUAUUUUAACUUCAUGAUAUAUUAGCAAGAAUUGAUCUACUGUGAUGUUUGGGGAGGAGAAGGGAAAGACAUUUUUCAUGUAUGCCCUUGUAUAUGAAGACAGUUUGUAUGAUAUGACACAAUACAAAACUUGUAAACAA